GUUGGGCCAGUGGUGUCUCUUACUCUGUUUUCUGAAGAGGAAUACUAUACGAGUGACACCAUGAAUAAGCUGCUGGUCAUAACUGUGCUGGUCGCACUCCUCGCUCUCAACGCUGAAAGCUUCCGUGUGUCGCGGCAGGUUGAGGAGGAAGAGGAGGGCACCCUGACCAAGCUCACAGGCACCAUCAGGUCCUACUACGACACUGCUGUCAACACUGCCAGCGGAUACCUGGAGAGCAUCAAGGGCCUGAAGCUGGAGGAGAAGGCAUCGACCAUUUACACUGAUACUUCGUCAGUCGUGAGCACCUACGCUGGCAUUGCACAAGAUCAGCUGUAUCACAUCUUCUACCAAAAGUAAACAAAAACUGACCUCCAAUGACCUCAUCUACUUUUUCUGACAGCGUGAGAAACGUUCAAGCUUCACAUGAUAAGGCCCAUUUUUGACAUUUUGAACUUCCUCGUAUCUCAAUUCACCCAAGCCUUAGAACCUUCAGAAGGCAUCUUUAAAAAAUGGGGGACCCCUUGCUCUUCGUGGCGCCGAUUAGGUCCACUGCACUGGUGGUAAAUGAAGAUAACCACCCAACAGGGACUGUGAUCCUUUGGAAAAAAAAAACAGCUUGCGCAAAGGAACAGGACAGAACAAGUUGGUACCAAAAGUACCAACAAAUUUCCCCCUAUGUCUCAGAGUUAAGAAACAACCAGCCAUCACUAUAAUACAAAUCAUUUCAUAAUAUAUCACCACCUAUUGGUGUUUUAAGUCAUCCCUUAUCUGAAUGAAAUUAAAUAUUUGUGUCAUAUCUUGAAAUAAAAUAUUUAUACAAAAAAAA